AUGGAUUGGUUUAGUUGACUCUCAGGUGCAGUGUUCUGUUUGGUUAUAACACCUUUCAGACCGUUGUCUUGGGGAGCUCCGUUACAACGAACCCUGACACCGUUUAUUGAUUUAUGCAUCCACAUAACCUUUCAAAUUUUGAUUCCAUCUUCAUUCGAUAAUCAAUAGCUUACACUUAACCCUACUAAAUCUGAUCUUUAGCUAAACUAGUAAGCCCCGUUUCAUUACUGAAUAAACUAUUUCCUUUAGCGGUCUAUUAUCUUAAAAGUAUGACUGUAAACCUUUUUGUUAAAAAAAAAAGCUGCUUGCAAUCUUGCAAAUUUCACUAAAGCAGUGCAUGGAGUUUGUAAAAUAAGGUUGUGUGUUUUCACGAUGACUACUUCUCCCCCUCCUGCCUGUUCCCUGUUUGCUUGCUGUUUUUCUGUCCUCCAGUGAAGAUGCAGGAACCAUCUUCUUCUGCUCUGACCCAACCAACAGAACCCRGAUGAUGUUCUAGAAGCUGUUCUAGAACAGUUUGACGCAGAACUGAUUUGAAAAGUGUUUCAGUGRGAAAUAGACUGGAAACUGACCAAACCGAUCAAUGGCAGAAAUCCAGUCUGCUUUCCAGUUUGAUUACUACUGUCCAUAGCCCUMUCCCAGGGCGAYCCAGAGAGAAGACCAGCCAGUAACCCUCCUGUGUGUUUCUCCUCUCCAACUCUUUCAGCUUUGCGUUGCUAUUGGAUCGUUGCGCUGCUCRCCUUUCCYGCCCGCUGAAUCCGAUUGGAGGGCUGGGAGUUGGGAUCCCMCCCCCGCAGAGCCUCCCUGCAGCUGGCCCAGCUCAAAGACCAGCUCGUUACCGCUGCAACCGCCACUUCUGCCGACACUCACCCCCAUCCACCUCCUCUCGCCCCCCUCAUCAACCUUCUCAAAGCAGCAGCUACCGUCAAUAACAUGUCCCGUCCCCAAUAUAACCCCUUGGGGGAUCAGUACUCUUCACAGGCCAAGAGAACUGCCGCCCAGAUGGGGCAGUACGGACUCACACAAUCCCAGGCCGGAAGGGACCCUCUGGGGGCCUCCCGCCUUGGUCUGGGGUCUGGUGGUGGUGGUGGUGGUGGUUCCUCCGGCCAGGGAGGCAUGAUGUCCUCGAUGGUGUCCCAGCAGAUGGGGUAUGACCUGGGGCAGAGAUCGACCGGGAUGACCCCGGAGUUGGAGACCUCCAUAGACCACCACAUCCGCGGGGCCAGAGAGGAGGUGAGGCUGCUCAGCCAGUUGAUGCAGCAGAAUAAGAACSCGCAGGUCUCCCUGGACGCCCAAGACCUUCGCCUAAGUCACGACCCCAUGGACGAGCUCUCGUCUGGGGGAGGGCUGGGCGGUUACARCCCUGGCCGGACCUCCAGKGACCAGCAAGGUUCCAUGGACUCCUGGUCUGGCUACCUGACCCAGUCUGCUUCCUCCAAACWCUUCUCCUCCGCCCMUCCUCAGUACCAAAGCCAAACCUCUGGGUUUGGAGGUGCGGGAGUGCUGGGGUCCACCUCAAGGGGUUCCGAGACUCCCAUGAGCGCAUCGUCCGCAGCCUSUCYUCCAGCCCGGUACACYUCCYAGUCCGCCAGCAGCAUCCUGGCGAGUUUCGGCUUGUCCAACGAAGACCUGGAGCUCCUCAGCCACUACCCAGACGAUCAACUGACCCCAGACAACCUGCCCUUCAUCCUCAGAGACAUCCGCAUCCGUAAGGCCAAUAGAACUAUGGGUGUGGACCGUCGGCUCAAGGUAGGCGGUGGACCUGGCCCAGGGUCCGACCGCGGUGGUGGAGGACUGAGCAAAGUGAUCGAUUACGAACAUUAUAGUGCCACUAACUACGACAGUUAUGAUGAUGGCGAUAAUGGUCAACCCGAUAAUUACGGCGCGCGCAAUCCGCUCACGAAGGAGACGUCAAAAUAUGACAUGGUCAGAGACUCGUUGGUUCCUCCUCCCUCGACACCCCCCAUGUGGCCUUCCUUAUUCCCCAUCAUGAACCCGUCGAUKCCACCUCCUGGUCAUGUUCCGGUGACUGUUCCUCCGCCCCGGAUUGGUCCGAUGCCUUCCUUGCUCCAGCAGAGGAACCUACCUCCCCCGAUGAUGAUGAUGAUGAUGCCGAAGAGGUUACCGACUCCGACCAUGAUGAGUGAUUACUCCGCUGCUUCUCCCAGAAUCUUUCCUCAUACCUGUUCUCUCUGUAACAUAGAAUGUUCCCAUCUAAAGGACUGGAUCGAGCAUCAAAACACCAGCCUCCACGUUGAGAACUGCCGUCUACUCAGGAAAUCGUCGCGCUCUAGGAGCCAUGAGCGGGAGAGAACGAGGAGGAGCAGCCUGCCCAAGUCUAACAGUGCUGAGAGACUGGCCAAGAAACUACUGGAGUCAUCUGCUGGCCUCUCCCUGACUGAGAACACCAGUCUAGAAGUGAUGAUGCAGUCCCUGGCCCCCGCGCUCCUGGCAGAGCUCGCCAAGAAGAAGGGAGCCGGCUCCUCCUCCAAGGGAGGUGCCUCUCGGAAAACUGAAACGGGAACGUCCAAGUCGGGAAGCAAGCUAGGAUCUGGAAGGUCGUCAACCAGGAAGUCCUCCUCUCCCUCCAAAUUGUCCAGCUCCACUUCUUCCAAGAAAGGGCCAGUUACUACCUGGCGGGCGGGGUUACUACCUGGCGGGCGGGCGGGGUUACUACCUGGCGGGCGGGCGGGGUUUACUACCUGGGCGGGCGGGCGGGGUUACUACCUGGCGGGAGGGCGGGGUUACUACCUGGCGGGCGGGGCGGGCGGGGUCACUACCUGCGGCGGCGGGGUCACUCCUGGCGGGCGGCGGCGGGGUCACUGCCUGGCGGGCGCGCGGGGUCACUGCCUGGCGGGCGGGCGGGCGGGUCACUACCUGGCGGGCGGGCGGGGUUACUACCUGUGGGGCGUGCGGGGUCACUACCUGGCGGGCCGGCGGGUAACGUCCACCCACAGGGACCGCAGCAGCAAGGAGGUUCACGGACCUCGUCAACGGCGUCGCUCCUACCUCGACUCGCUGUCUCUGAUCGACAGGAUCUAUUUUGAGAUGGAYUCUUCGUCGGUGGCGAUGGCAGUGUGUCUUCAUUUCCAGAAGUCCCCCUGUGUAGUUCAGAACAAACCUCUGAAGGUCAACAUGCUGGGCGAGGUUAAACAGCCACUGCAGCCCCCAGCCCAGAAGACAUCUGUUGUCAGCACCAAAGCCAAAGAACCGAUCAAAGGCAAGAAGCCUGAGCUAAAGGUGUGGCAGCACCAGUUAAACCUGUUACGUCCACAACCACUACUACAGCACCAUGCUGCGGUCUCAUCUCUCAGCUGUUACUCCACAACCACUACUACCAGCACCAAUGCUACGGUCUCAUCUCUCAGCCUGUUGCUGUGGCUACCAAGCAACCGGGUGACGACGUCAUCGUCGCGAGGCCAAGCAGCCAGGAAGUGACGUCGCGGUAAUGAAUUCCGACGGAAGGCAACGGUGGCGAGUCUGGAGGAAAAGAGGGUGGGAUUUCCUCGACAAAAGAUGGGAAGAAGAAGAACGGCCAUCUCCCGAAGAGGAUGGAGGGAUGAAAACUGAGGAGGCAAAAGAAAAUAAGGAAGACACUGCGACCGUCGACAUCGUCGUUUCCGCCUCUUACCUACGGUUGCCGUGUCCGCUCCCGAGGAAGAGGUCGCCAUGGACCCAGAGCACGGCGGCGUCGCCUCGACCAAUGAGAUUGCAGCGAACCGAACAGGUCCCACAACAGGGCAGUGAUGUCAUUGCGUUGGUUAGUGAAACGUGACGACUGUGGCCACAAAAGCCUUGUCUGAUCUCCGCUGUGGAGGGAGCUAAUAACGUCGCCAAUCCGUCGACUCUGACACCGUUGCCGCUCUUGUACCGGCACAAACACCGGCCCCUGUCCCGGUAGAGUUAAUGUUGAAGAAACCUCAGGACUUUCCUCCGGUAACUGAGGAGAUCCUCAAGGCCUGGAGGCAGCGGUGCACCAAACCGAAUGGGGAGACUGGUGGAGACAGGCUAAACAGGAACAGAACCAGGGAGAGGGGAUCCAGGCAAGCCUCUACCCAACAAGAAGAGCCCUGCAGCUGGGGAGACGCGGAGAAAAGAACCGGCUGGAGAA